AUUUCCGCUGUUGUGCAUUAAAAUAGUGUUAACCACAGAAAGCCAGUAAAGGUAAAGUGCAUGUGUUAAAACAGUCAGUCAUUCGUCUGCUGCUGAUCUGAUGAUCUUCAACACGGUAAGACAAACACACUCAUACUUCAAUGAAAACUGAUGAUUAUUGUUCAUAUAACACACGAGUCUUAACGUGAGAAAUGUUAAGAAUAGGGAGAUGUAGAUGUACUGUUCAUGAGUGUAUAAGUGCUGAUUAAUGCUGUAUUAUAGAUAUAUUUGACGCUGAUGUCGGUCAGAAUGGCUCCUCGUCUUCCUCUGAUCUUUCUGCUCAUGAUUCACCGGGUUUCUAGUGCUGGUUGGGGUGUGAGUUACAGUCUUUCACACAUCUGUGCACUAAAGAACUCAUCAGUGAUAAUGAACUGCACUUAUACAUACCCUACUGGAUAUAAGAUUGAGAAAGUGUUCUGGACCAAAAACCCUGUGAAGGGUAAAGAGCCUCCAGAUCUGUCUGAGGAUCCUGAAUACAGUCAGAGGCUUCAGUAUCUGGGAGACAAACAGCAGAACUGCACCAUCAGACUGAGUCAUGUGACACAGAAGGACCAACACAUGUACUGGUUCAGAUUCAUCACUGAUAAACCUGAUGGAAAAUGGACUGGUUAUCCAGGAGUGACUCUUACUGUCACAGAUCUUCAGGUGGAGGCUCAUGAGAGAGUGACGGAGGGUCAUAAUGUCAGUCUGACAUGUAAAAGCAGCUGCACUCUGACUGACAGAGCAUCAUUCAUCUGGUACAGAAACUCACAGCCAUUAACUGAGAGAAGAGACAGAAACAAUCAACUCCUGCUGCAGUCAGUCAGAAGAGAGGAUGCAGGCAGAUACAGCUGUGCUCUACAUGGACACACUUACAUCUCUCCUGCUGCUCAGCUCAAUGUCUCCUAUCCUCCAGAGAAUCCUGUGAUCUCCAUCAGUUCAUCUGUAAUAAUGGAGGGAGAUUCAGUGACUCUGAACUGCAGCAGUGAUUCAAACCCUCCUGCAGAAAUCAGCUGGUUUAAAGGAGGAACAUCUGUAGGAUCUGGAAGAAUCUACAGCAUCUCAAAGAUCAGCUCUGAUCACAGUGGAGAAUACAAGUGUAGAUCUAUCAAUGAACAUGGAGAGAAAUACUCUGAUGCUGUCACUUUAAAUGUCAUGUACCCUACCAGGAACGUCUCAGUGUCUAUAAGUGGAGCAGGUGUAAUAGUGGAGGGAGAUUCAGUGACUCUGAUCUGCAGCAGUGAUUCAAACCCUCCUGCUCUGAACUUCAGCUGGUUUAAGGAGACUCAAAGCUCAUCUGUUGGAUCUGGACAGAGUUUCAGUGCACUACAGAGUGGACGCUUCUACUGUGAGGCUCACAAUCAACAUGGAUCUCAGAGAUCAGACGCUGUUACUGUCACAGUUCAUCCUGGAGCUGAUAGGAAUGUGAUUGUGAUCGCAGCAACAUCUGGAGGAUUAUUCUUCAUCAUAAUCAUCAUCAUCAUAUGGUUUAUAAUGAUGAAAAGAAAGAGUGUUAAAACUGAAGAUCUCACAAUGAAGACGAAUGAUCUCUACUCUGAUGUUUCAGUCCAUGCCGAGUCUCUUUCUGAACCUGAUCCAGUCAAUGAUGCUCUGUAUGCCAGUGUGAAACCCAGCAGAUCCAGAGGAGAAACUCCUGAAUCCGGAGAUACUGAGGAGAUCCAGUACACAGCUGUACAAUAUCACCGAAAGAAAGAGAAGAACAGACCGGAAGAAGAUGAAUGUCAGUAUGACGAUAUAAGAGUUCAUCAGCAUGAUGCUGCCGAGAGGAAAUCAAAUGUUCAAACUGUGGAAGAUGCAUCUGUGAUCUACAACAGCAUCAAAUGA